AGCGAUCAUCAUUUUCCGGCGAUUCCACUGAUACCUUUUCCGAUUAAUCCCUGAAUUUGUAUCAGAAUUCCAGAUUUCCAAUGAAACAAUGUCGUGUCUGGCUCUCUCCCUCCAACCCGUCAAUGGACCCGACGUCCUUCUCCAAACCCGGGAGUGGUUCCCGCCCGCCAGGGCUCUCAUCGUUCUCCACGCCUUCCGUCAAACCCACCUCUCUUUCGCCCGCAAAAACCCAGCCGCCGCCGCCGCCGCCUCUUCGGACGCUGACGUAGCCACCGAAUCCAUUGGUGACGAUCCUCUUGCUGGUUCAAGCGGGCAGCUGAUCGUGGGCGUGGAGAGCAAAUACCGGGUGGUCUAUCACCUUGUUAAUUCCAUUUACGUCCUCGGCAUCACCACUGCCGACCACGACAAUUCUAUCAAUGUAUUUGAGUGCAUCCACGUCGUUAACCAGGCCGUCAGCAUCAUCGUCGCUGCCUGCUGUGGCGUAGAUGUUACCCCAGAAAAGCUCGCCCUCAAGUAUGCCGAGGUCUACAUGGCCCUUGACAUUGUCCUCCGUGGAUUCAGCAACAUCCGCCUGGCUGCUAUGCUUUCUUCGAUGCACGGAGAUGGCAUCUUCAAGAUGAGGUGCACUCCAAUCGAGCAUAAGGCGAGCAUCGAGGCCUUUUCUAACACGCGCUUUGAAUUGCCGCGGGAGACUAUUGCAGCUGGAGAUGAGGUUGCUGCGAGUCUUGUUCCCCAGACUGCGGGUGAGCAGCAGGACGAGCAGGCACAGAAAUCGGAGGAAUUGGAGGCUGAGAAGGACCCGUUCGCAGCUAGUGACGCCAUCAACAAGCAGGAGGAAUUGGUGGGAGGGUUUAAGAAGACCAAGGAUCCGUCAGCCACCGAUUUGACGGUUGCAUUGGCGGGUUUGGAGGUAACUACAUUGCCACCAGCAGAGGCAACACAAUCUACACAUAUUAACGUGGAAGGAUUUGAAGGGGAGUAUGGCGGCAUUGAGUUCAGCAAUGAGGAGGCUUCUCUGGGAGAGGCGUUUGAAGGGUUUAGUCACGCAUGGGGUGGGAGAUUGGAUGCAUCAGAGUUUGUUGGAACAAAGAAGGUUCCAAGACAGGAGGGGCUUACUGGACUUGAGCUCUUGCAGACUGGGGAUGGUCCUGCACCUGCAACUGCAACAGCAAGUGGAGCUGCUGAAACUUCUCUUGAGAAUCUUUUGGUGAAGAAGACAGAAAUGAAAGGUCCAGAAAUGUAUAUCUCGGAGGAGAUAAGUGCUGAGUUUAGGGAAUCCUUGCUUGCCAGAGUUGGCUUAAGGGGUUUGGUUUAUCUGGGGACAUUGCCCCCUAAAAGUUCUGGUGAUAAGAAGAUUGAGUUUUCCUUUCGGAUUGAAGGAACAAGUGCCGUUAAGCGGUUUGUUAUUCAGAGUUCUCGUGUUAGUAGUCUAGGUAAUCGUAUGUUUCAUGUCAGGACAGCUCCAUCAGAGGAGCCUAUUCCGAUUUUGAAGCAUAGUUUGGUACCUAGGUUGACACCAUUGCCUCUGAGGGUUAGGUUGAUAAGAAGGCAUAGUGGUACUUUACAUUCGGUGAUGAUACAGUAUGCUUCAAACUUGGAUUUACCAGCACCCUUGAAUGAUGUAACAUUUGUUUUGAAAUUACUCGUUGAUCCUACUUUGCUGAAGGUUUCAUCCAGAGCAGUGUUGAAUAGGUCUGAGAAAGAAUUGAAAUGGCAUGUUCCAGAGAUUCCAUUAAAGGGUAUUCCUGGCCGGUGAGAGCUAGAAUGCCUGUGGAUUCUAAUGAGGACGAUGAAGAACUUGAAGUUGUUGGUUAUGUAAAAUUUUCAGCACAAGGAAUUACAUCAUGUCUGGCGUUUGUUUACGGCCUGCUUUGUAGAGAAAACAGAGUUGAACAAAAACUUUAAGCUGAA